AUGGACUGUGAAUCGGUAAUGAGUCCUGGCACAGGAUUUCUGAAGGGCAAACAGAUAAGGAGUGCUGAAUUGUUUUCACCUACUAUAGAAGUUUGUGUUGCGGGAAGCUUUUCGCGAGCACCAGUCAUACUAACCAGGACUCUGCAGAUUAAACAUCAGAAAAAGCAUAAAAAGGGAACGUUGGGUUUGGCUUCGAUUCCUGAGUACGAAACCACUGAAUCCAAUAAAGAUGUCGCAUCUGGACUUGAUUUACAGGUUGCGGAAUACAGAAAUUAUAAACCAGAAAGUGAUGAAAUCUAUGAUAACUUGUACUGGAGUGAAGAUGGGGAGCUUACGUGGUUCAAUGCAGGCGUCAGGGUUGGUGUUGGAAUAGGCCUUGGCAUUUGCCUCGGAGUUGGAAUUGGAGCUGGUUUGCUGGUUCGUACUUACCAGACUGCCACCCGAAGCUUUAAAAGACGGCUUUGGUAG